AAGACCAACUCCAGGUACCAAGUUUCUGCCUGGACGCGUUUGUGCUGAAGACUAUCUGAAGAGGACUCCACUUACUCUCAUCAUGACUGCGGUUCAAACAGAACUUUCCCUGUCCUUACAGCCCUGGCAGAGGUCUUCAUACAUCUAUGGAGGGCUGCUAUGCAACUCACUGAUGGCUGACUCCAUAUCAGACAGAACUCCUCUCCAUGAAGCUGCCUUCCAAGGCAGACUGCUACACCUGAGAAGCCUCAUUGCUCAGGGCUUUCAUGUGGACACACUCAGCCUGGACAGAGUCUCUCCUCUGCAUGAAGCCUGUCUUGGUGGCCAUUACGCUUGUGCCAAGUUCCUGGUGGACAAUGGUGCAAAUGUGGAAGCCGUAUCAACAGAUGGCGCCACACCUCUCUUCAACUCCUGCAGCAGUGGGAGUGCAGCCUGUGUGAGGCUCAUCCUGCAGCACAGGGCUUCUGUCCACACUCCCUACCUCCUGGCAUCACCCAUCCAUGAGGCUGCUAAAAAGGGUCACAGGGAGUGUCUGGAACUUCUGCUGUUGUGUGGAGCUCACAUUGACAUGGAGCUACCAGUGGUGGGGACUCCUCUGUAUUCUGCUUGUAUGGCACAGUCUGCAGCCUGUGUAAAGCUGCUGCUGCACUCAGGUGCUGAUGUUGGAAUCGGAUGUGGACAGGACAGUCCUUUGCACGCUGCUGUUCGAUGUGAAGGAGCUGACAUAGUGGAUCUUCUGUUGGACUUUGGGGCGGAUGGGUGUUGUAGGAGUGCAGAGGGAAAGACCCCACUGGAUCUGUCAUUACCAGACAGUGUAGUGAGAACUGUACUGCUGAAAAAAGGUCCCUGUGUUCUGUCUCAGCUCUGUCGGUUAUGUAUCAGAAGAAGUCUAGGAAGGAGUCGUCUCCACAGGGCCUCUAGCCUCUUCCUUCCUCACAGUAUUAAGGACUUCCUCCUUUAUCAGUGACAUGACUCAAUCCUGCUUCUUUGGCUCUCUGUGCCUUAUCACAGACUUAAAGGCAAGUGAAGAAGAGAACCACAUUCAGAGAGAAGCACUGACUUUUUCACUCCAUUUUUUAUUUUGAGUAUCAUAUUUUAUAUGUUUUUAUACACAAUACUAAGAUGUUUCAAGAUACAGCUACUUAAAUGUAUCAGGGUUUGUAAUUUUAUUCUUGAGGAAGUGAUUUUCAUUUACAGCUUUACAAAUGUUUCAAGGCAUGAGAAUCUGUUUACAUGUCUUGGAGGAGUAAAACGGUGUAUUUUAAAAAGUCGUAUAGUCUGUCUUGGCUCAAAGAGCCGCAUAAAGUCAAAUACAUUCCUUA